GAGGGUCAGAAACCCGCUCCUGAGACUUCGUUCCUGUUUCACAAAAGGAGACGUUGGGGAUUUCGAUUUAACGCCAACUACUAGGAUCCAGCCACGAUGCCGUCCUUGGUGAAGACUUUACAUUUUCUCCUGAGUGCGCUGAUUACUGCCGUCUCUGUAGGCUUGCUGGGCUUCGCCAUGUCAACAAUGUGGUCUCAAACGUCCAUGGAAUGUGCAGAGUUGGGCAGCAGCCUAUACAACGGAACUGCAAACAUUAAAAUGUCCCUUUUUAAAGGAGAAUUAAUUAGAGUCUCCUGUCCCACCUUUGGAGGUCGAGAGCUAUUUGAAGUGUUUCCAAAGUUGAAACAAACAGGAACUGUUCCUCUGGCUCUACACGGGCUGUCUGUGGGCCUGCUGGUUGCAUGUUUGCUGUUUUCUGCCCUCAGCAUCCUCAUCUCCCUCUACAACAGCGUCAGUAAUCCUUACCAGACCUACAUGGGGCCUGUUGGCGUUUACACCUGCAGCUCUCUCAGCGCGUUCUCAUCUUUUCUGGUCCUGAUUUUAUACGUGCUGAACCUCAACGUGACCAACAUGCAGGAGGAUUUGGUUAAAACCAGCUCCGCCGUGGAUCUGAAGGACAAGCGUGCGGUUAUGCAGGUUGGAUACUUCCUGCUCAUCCCGUACACGGUGCUCUCUGUGAUUGCCAUUUUCUUGAUCUACGUGUACGACCAUGCCGCCUACACCCAGAGGCGGGAGCAGGAGAGRCCGACGGAGGACGCCCCCAAGGAGAUCAUGAUGUAUUAGAGACAAUCCCAGAGACUCUGACGAAAAUUCCCUAAUGACUGUCUUACAAAACUCUUUGUGACGUCAGUUUUAUUUAUGUGGCACUUUACAAAGAAGCAAACGUGACAAAGUGCUGUACAGAAAGAAGUAUAAUAAAACUAAUGGUAAUAAAAGCAAUGUCUCAUAAAACAGUAAAAGACAGAGGUCAGGAAAAAAUAAGAUGCCAACAAGGAAGUAAAAAUCUUAGGUAAAACAAUAUGAACAAACCAACCAAAGGUUAAAGGGACAGUCUGAUGAUUUUUGAAGUGAUGUUCGACCUUAUUGUUGUGGUGGUUGUAAUGAAAUAGGAGACGAUGAUUAAAACUCAGAAACUUUAUUACAUCUACUGUGUAGAAGCUGUUUCCGAACACAGCCUCAUUUUUACUCCUGUUACUACAGUCUCCUCUGCUCUGUGCUGUGGCAGCAGCGCCCUCUAGUGACAAGACAUAGCAAAAGAACAAAUGAUUUCGCCAUGUAAACCACACCUGCCAAACUCAAGGCCCGCAGGCCAAAUCUGGCCCUUGUUAAUGUUUCAUCUGGCCCCAAAGGUAAUACAGUAAUUUCAAUGUGAUUUUUUUUUAUUCUGUAUUUUUAGUGCAUUCUUCCCGUGACAGCUGGUCAACUUUCAAGCCAAGAAAAUUAAGUUUUAUUUUUUUUUUCAACAAUCUGUGAUCUUGGUAUGGAAACUGUAACAGAGAAUAUAUUUUAUUAUUAUCUUUGUCAGUAUUCUCUUCCUGGUUUAGUGUCAAAAAUUUAGAUUUUUAGUAAGGGGUUUCAUUUUUUUAUCCGAUUAUCUGGAUUGUGAUGAAAGGUACCUCUAAGUUAUAAUAAGUAUAACAGUUGUUGAUAGAGAUUAAGGCAUAAAAAAAUGAAUCUUACGUCUUUCUUAAUUAAUUUUUUGCCUAUCAGACUAAUUUGUUAUACAACAUUUUUUCAGUAAUUAUUGACAGAAACUGACCCUUGGCUUGGACCAAGUUUUGUAUUUUGGGCCCCUUGUGUAACUGAGUUUGACACCACUGAUGUAAACCAAACACCACAACACUUUUCAGCAGUGAUAUUUGGUAGAUCACUUCAAAACUCACCAGACUGUCUCUUUAAGCCAAACGGCAGGUCUUUAUUGGGCCUUUGACAUCUUCUAAACUCAGUUCUUUGGCAUCUAAUUGAUCAUUCUUAGAGCUCCAGAUGAUAUAGGAUGACGACAAAGAUCCUGAAGAGCAAACAGCAUCAGAACACUAACCUUAAAAACAAACAAAAUCUUAAAGAGAUGCUUUGGAUCUUUUUGAGUGAGAUGUUGAUUCACCUCUUACCUGUGACUGUUUUAUGCUCUUGUUUUCCUUUUAAAAUACACUUGACUGUAAGCAACAAAAAUAUAAUUUAUACCAGCAAACAAGCAAUUACAUUUAUAUAUUUUAUUGUAAUAAAGGCACAAAUAAUGCUUUCAAAAUCUAACAUUUUAUGGAUUAUAUAUAGCUCCUGUACAGCUUGUUUUGUUUACAAAAUGCAAAAAUGAGUUUGUUGCUUCCCAUAUUAACAGAUGUGUUUCAAUGUUGUCAUAUUGUAAACAAUUAUUGAAUAAAAUGAAAGUUUUAACUUCAUUUAGGAAUGGGUUUUAAAGCUUUAAUCCGUACAUUUAUAACUUUAUUCAAACCUGCUGUU